AUGGUUUUCCUGAAGAACAACACCGGUGGCGAGUCCUCCCAGCAGCAAAAGUCUUCCAACUUGAAGCCACAGGCGGCAAGUGACCAAGUGCUGAAUAAUAGGCUGCCGAAGAAGGACAUCAACAUGCUGACGGCAAAGCAAACUUCAGCCACCAGUGCAAACAGUGUUGCCGAUUCGGAAUCUCAACAGCCAAAGGCGAACAAGAAAACCGGUGAAGACGAGAUGAAACGAGACAAUCACUCAGCCGCAUCAGACUCUUCCAGUAAAGUAGGCGUUGAAUCGGCGAAUCCUUUCACCGUCAAGCUGGAGAUCAACAUUGUCGUCGUUGCGCUGUUUGCCGUCGCGCUGGGACUUCGCCUGUACGCUAUCGAUCAACCUAACAGUGUUGUAUUUGACGAACUCCACUACGGCCGAUUCGUGUCACUGUACCUGAAGGGCAUCUUCUUCUUUGACUCGCAGCCUCCGCUGGGAAAGCAGCUCAUCUCCCUUAGUGCCCACCUCUCCGGCUUCCAGGGCAACUUUGCCGACAACUUUACUAGUAUUGGACAAGACUACGACUCCAAUGUGCCAAUUCGUGCCCUCCGAUUUAUGCCCGCCCUCUGCGGCGCCAUUCUGGUGCCCAUCGCAUAUCAAAUUGUCGUCGAACUGGGCCUCGGCCACAAGACGGCCCUACUCACCUCGCUUCUACUUAUCUGUGAAAACUCAAUUCUCACCCAGUCGCGCUUCAUCCUCCUGGACACCAUUCUGAUGUUCUUCUCCUUCUCCGGCCUCCUCUCCUACCUGAUGGCCCGCAAGAGGCCCACCUUUUCCGGCGGCUGGUCGGCACUGAUGGCCACAUCCGGUCUCCUGCUCGCCUGCGGCGUCUGCGUCAAGUACAUUGGCAUCUUCACGCUGCUGCAGGUGCAGAUGAUGGCCUUUGCGGAUGUGUACCUGAAGAUUGCCGACAAGACGAUUAGGACGCUCCACCUCUGGCUCGAGUUUCUCCUUCACCUGGUGGCCUUUAUCCUUCUGCCCCUGCUCGUCUACUGCCUCGUCUUCUACGUGCACCUGUCGAUUCUGGUGCGCGCCGGGCCGCACGACAACAUCAUGACGAGCGCCUUCCAGGCCAGCCUCGACGGCGGCCUCGCCUCCAUCAUCAAGGGCCAGCCGCGGGACAUUGCCCACGGGUCGCAGAUUACGCUGCGCAACACCCACGGCCGCACCUGUUGGCUGCACUCGCACCAGGCGCUCUACCCGAUCCGCUACCCGGACAAGCGGGGCAGCUCGCAUCAGCAGCAGGUCACCUGCUACUCCUUCAAGGACGUCAACAACUGGUGGAUUGUGAAGCGGCCGAACAUCGACGAGCUGAUCACCCACGAGCCGCGCGACAACAUCAAGGACGGCGACGUCAUCCAGCUGGUGCACGGCCUCUCGGGGAGGGCGCUGAACAGCCACGACAUUGCCGCGCCGGUGUCGCCCUACAACCAGGAGGUCAGCUGCUACAUUGACUACAACAUUUCGAUGGUGGCGCAGAACUUUUGGCAGGUGAAGCUGCUGAAUGGCGACGACACGGGCGGCUACUGGCACGCCAUCAACUCACGGCUGCAGCUCAUUCACCUCAACUCCAGUCAGGCGCUCAAGAUGAGCGGCCUGCAGCUGCCCGCCUGGGGCUUCCACCAGCACGAGGUGGUCACCGACAAGGCGGUGAAGCACCCGAACACGGUGUGGAACGUCGAGGAGCACCGCUACACGAAGAGCGCCGGCGACGAGAAGGAGCUCGAGCGGGAGCUGGGCGCCGCCGAGUUCGUCCCGCUGGGGCCGACCAGCCUCUCCUUCUGGGAGAAGAUGGCCGAGCUGCAGUACAAGAUGCUGGUGGUCAACGCGGAGGCCGUCCAGAAUCACAUGUACAGCACCGAGUCGCCGGUCGACUGGCUCCUCCUCACCAAGGGCAUCGCCUACUGGCUCAGUCCGAGCAGUAAUGCUCAAAUCUACCUGAUCGGCAACAUCACCAUCUGGUACCUGGGCCUGGCCGCCAUUGCCCUCUACUGGUCCCUUCUUCUCUUCUACCUUCUCCGGCGAGCCAGGCUGAAGCACGACAUUGAUGAGGAGCACUGGAAUCGCUUUCUGCUGACCGGUCAGGUGGCCGCCGUCGGCUACCUCCUCCACUUUUUGCCGUACUUUCUGUGCGAGCGGACGCUCUUCCUUCACUACUACCUGCCGGCGUUGCUCUUCAAGAUUAUCCUCACUGCGGCGGUGGUCUCCCACCUGGAG